AUGGCGACACGCCUCCAGACGCUGCUCCGCUCGGCAAAAAAGGCAAGCGGAGUGGGCCAGUUCGCGGACGACGCAGAGGACACGCUUCAGGCGUUCGAAUGGGCCCUCAGGUCCAAGGACCCCCAGCACGCCAUCAACGUUUUGCUGAAGAUGGCGUGCCAGCACGCUCAGCAGCUGCGGGAUCUAGCUUCAUCGGAGUGGCUCAGCGCGGUGCUCCCCACGAAGGCGACCGUGGUCGUGAAGGGACGCGCAGCAGGCAAACACUAUUCAGAAGCGGCCCAGAUCGCGGAGUUGAGAUUUGUUGGGGCCCACCACAUUUGUACAUCGCGCGAGCCGCGUUCAAGUCUAUGGCGGGGCCGGGCACGGUUCGGACACAGGCGCCAGAGGUCUAGAACUUCCUGUCCAAGUUCUACGAGCAGUUCGUCUUGA